AUGGACAAUGACACACCCCCUUUUCUCACUGAAAGCUUGGAGAUGGCAAUGGAAGUGGAGGAUGAGAACUCAAAGCCACCUUGUUUUUCCUGUGCUUGUGACAACCAAAAUGGAGGCAGAAGUUUCUCUGCAGAGUCUUAUUUAGCAAGUGGGUCUCUCAAGAGAGUUUUGCUGAGACUAGAUCCUUCUCCCAAUGACUAUGAAGAAGAUGUAGUGGAAAUGUUUGGCUUUCAGUGGGUUACUGAAACAGCAUUAGCUGAAUCCUGUGGACUUCUCUUUGGAUUACAUAGGCAACAGAUAUACAGACUGGAAAACCUAGUACAAAUGAGUUCAUCUGAUUUGGGUCAAGCUGCAAACUUGCACUCUGAAGCAGAGAGCAUCAGGCGUCAAUGUGUUGAGUUUCUGCAUUAUGUUAAAGUUUUCAUCUUCAGGUAUCUGGAACCCCCUAAAGUGGAAAAUGAUGGAAUGCUCCAUCCGUAUGAAGAACUAGAAGUGGAGUUACCAUCAAUGUUGGUUGAAGAGCUUCAUGCUUUGACCAUGCACAUUGGUCACCUUUGUGAACUUCCUAGUAGUGUCCUGGCAGCAUUUACUAUUCAACAUCAGGCAAAGGUCUUUCCCCCAUCAUGGCAUUUGUUACACCUCCACUUGGAUAUUCAUUGGCUAGUAUUGGAAAUUCUUCAUGUACUAGGUGAAAAAAUGAUGAGACAAGUUGUAUAUGCUAACCAUUUCAUAAAUCUAACAGGAGAGAAUUUAACCAGUAUCAGUUUGUUUGAAACACACUGUGGAAAUCUCAUCUCUGAUUUAAUAAGCUUGUCCAUCAACAAGUAUAUAAAGGUAAGACCUUCCGAGGCUCUUACUAGUCACCAUUAUCCUUGUACCUGCAUUAAGGAAUUAUGGAUUCUACUUAUUCAGCUGCUGGACCACAGAAAUAAAGGGUCUCAUACAGAGUGUUUCUGGAGCUUGGUGAACAAAACUCUAAAGAAUAUCUUUGAAAGGCCAAGUAGUUCUGAAAAGGUGUCUGGUUUUGAAACAAUUCAGUGUAAAGACCCAUUGAGUUUUACCUGGUGGAUUAUUACUCAUCUGGCAUCACUCUACCAGUUUGAUCGUAAUGGAAAUCUAGAUGAAAAG